AUGGUUCGCAUCACCCAUUUCCUCCUAUCCUUGGGAGCCGGCAUCGCGGCCGCCGCCCGGAUCAAGUCGCUCACCCACAGCGGUCCGGGUUGUCCCCAAGACGCCAAGGUGACCUGGUCCGGGGGCCUCGACGACCUGACCAUCACGUUCUCCGACUUUAGCGAGUCUCUCGCGGCCGGGCAGAUGACGAGCUGCCAGGUGCAUCUGCUCGUCGAUCAAGGCGAACCCGGCAAGGCGUUGCAGUUGCAGGAUGUCGUUGUCCGGGGUGGGCUGUAUCUCGGCGCCAAUUCUAGGGUGGACUUUUAUACGACGGCGUAUUGGAGCGAGACGGCGGGUGAUACGGUCACCAAGCAGACAACUACGUCGGCGGGUUCCAGCGCUGUUGUGAGGAACGUGGCUGUUGCUCAGCGUCUGAACUCGGCGUCGACGUGCGUUGGAGGAGACGGGUAUGUCGGUAUCCUGAACGUCACGUUCCGCAUCGUCUCUCAGGCUGGGCGUGUCGUUUUCGGGAGAGAGCGGAAGGAGAGUGGGACGUCGCCUGUGACGGAGUCGCUGAGCUUUGGGUGGCAGAGCUGUUGA